CCGAGCGCCGGACGAGUCCAUCGUGCUUUCCGGCCCCCCCUUUCCAUCUGCUACGUGGACUCACUUCCUUCUCGUUUCGUCCCGCACCAGAUGGUACAGGAAAUGCAACAGAAUAAGCCACCGUUUCUGUUUGCGGAACGCGGACUAACUCGGCAUUUGACCGGAGCACAGGCGGUCUCGAUCGCACCGUUCCGUGCCUCCUUCCACCUUCUAUGCGGAUUAACUUUCAGAGGACCAUCCGCGAUCCGAGGGUCAUAAACCGGGCUCAGAUGCGCCCAAACCUUUCCAGAAGUUGCCUUCUAGCUACCGCGACCUCUACUCUCUCGACGCCUUCCUCCUGGACUUACACUCGCUGCAACCUACCCUGUCAUUCAGACAUCACAUCGUGAUGUUCGGGUUCAUCGAUAUCAUCCUGACCUUUAUUGUCAUCUUCUUCAAACCAUUGUUUUACCUCCUGACCUGCACGGAGGUGGACGAAGAAGCUCUGACCAGCGCUUUCGUCGCCAUCAAUUUCCCCGCAUACUUUCGGGUCCUCAGCACUGGCGGCACCAAAUGUAACAAUGCCUCCACCGCAAAAUGCACUGACCGUGCUGGUGAAACGAUCAUGGAUUACCCUACAAUGGCCCAGCUCACGCUGAACUUCGUGGAUGCCUUCGAGUGUCCCUCCAUGGUGGAGCUCAGAUUCAACUUCGAGGACGUUUACGCUCGUCCCUCCAUGGCACUGCUCAAGUUCAACUUCGAGGACAUCUAUGCCCGCCCUUCUACGACCGAGUUCAAGCUCAACUUUGAGGACAUCUACGACCCCGCCCCGCGUUCUUGCCCCAGACAGCGAUCUAAUUCCGCCCCUGCUCGCCUCUCCACUGAUGCAGCACCCGCGGCUCCCCUCCCCAUGACGUCCGCUUCUCUUGAAAAGCCCGAGGUAACCACCGUGGUCACCUCCACCUCCACCGCCGCCGACGUAAUCGCGCGCGUUCCGCGCAUCCGCGCCCACAGGACGUUCCUCCUUGAUGAGCCGUUAUAG